GUUAGGAAUGGGUCUCCAUCCCAUCUCGGGACACUUCAUUGCAGAACAUUACAUGUUCCUCAAAGGCCAUGAGACCUACUCUUAUUACGGAUCCCUGAACCUGCUGACUUUCAACGUCGGGUACCACAACGAGCACCAUGACUUCCCUAGCAUCCCAGGACGCCGACUGCCCAUGGUGAAGGAGAUCGCAGCGGAGUACUACACAGGCCUGCCGUGCUACACGUCGUGGGUGAAGGUCCUCUAUGACUUUAUCAUGGACGAUGAACUGAGCCCGUACUCGCGUGUGAAGAGACGGCUGACCGGAGACGUCAAGCAGGAGUGACCGCAGACCGCCUUACCCUUCGCCUGCUGGAGAGCCAGCCGUCUGUGACACAAAGGACAUUUCCAUCUAUCUUUUUGGCUUUUAGCAAGUGUGCUGACGAAUUUUAAUUGUGAACCAAAAGGUUUGAGCUCCUCUGUUGCACAUGGUCUGAAGAUCCAGAUGCUUUUAUUAUAGUUGAAUGGAACUGUCAUGUUUUGCAUCUGAACGCUGAUGUUUCUAGCUCGUUAUACAGUAGAGAUUGGAUUGACCAGGUCAG